AUGCAAUCCCCAAUGCGAGGUGGUCCCCAACUCCACAAUCCCCAGAACACACUCCGAGGAGCGUCCCCUGCCAACCCUGCCACCCCAGUCCAGGGUCGCAUCGACAACGGUCGCAUGGGUGCACCGCUGCCAGGGCUUGACGAGCAGAGCGAAUUGCAGUUACCUGCGCCAGACAUCCCUCCCGUAUCUACCGCCGAUGCGACGACAAGUCUUGGUCCCGGUACUACGUCGUCAUCUACUCCUGCACCUUCGGCAGACGAGACUGGGAUCCUGGGCCGCCUGAGGCGCCGGCGAAUGGCUUCCAAAGACAAGGAUACCGACAACAAUAAGAAGCGGUGGAUGUCCACGGGCGGCGACAGGACGAAGAGCCAGCCUGUCGGAGCCGACGACCACACGAACACCAACUCCUCUGACCCGGUUCGUAAUAUCGAUGAAACCAACGACGCCGAAAUGCAAGCACAGUCGCUGCUGCUACCCGCGUCCCACGCUUCGCAGAAGAAGCUGAACGACAAAACCAAGACGGAAGACGGCCAGCCUGUCUCGGACACCCGAAAUCAGUCAUCCUCAUCGGUCCCCCGUUUCCUCAGACAGGUUGUGAGACCCCAGCAAGCGACAAGCCCGACCCAAACUGCCGGCGCCGUCACCCCACCCGAAUCCAAGCCCAGGUCUCAGUCGCACUCUCAAACACAAUCCAAGCAACACAUGGCGGCUUCGACCCCGUCUGCGCAACCAAAGGUGCGAACGAAGCCCAGCUUUGGGAAGCGCUUCUGGUCUAAAUCCGGUGCCAAUGACUUUGGCGACGAUGACACCAAAACCGACGCACCAGUCGCAGCUCCCGUUGUACGGCCGAUUUACGUGCCCAAGCAUGCCGCGGCGGACUUUUCGCGCACAACCCACCCGGCGCGGCACCAGCGCCAGAGCAUCUCUAUUGCCACUGGCGACGACAGCAUUCGGCCCUUGGCUACAAUUUCUACCCAGGCCAUCGAAGACGAACUGCAGUACCGAGAGCAGAGAAUGCGCACCUUGUCGGCUGAGAAGGAGGCAGAGAAACGCAAGUCGCGGGACAUGUCGUCGUCCAAGUAUGGUGCUCCCUCUCCUCAGGAACUACACCGACGUCUCGAAAUCGUCAAGAGCAGCGAGAUUGAGGUCGUGACCACGAGGGAACCUGGUGUCCUUGACGCGUGGGCGCAGCUGCAUGGCGAGCCGAACAUUUCUUCGGCAAACGGCAAGGGACUUGCAAGAAGCCACUCCCAGUCCCGUCCGAGAUCUUCACAACGGCAUAGUUUUAACCUUGUUGCUGAUCCAUAUGCAAGAGAUCUGACGCCUCCCAAGUCAGUAUCGCCUGUGGAAAUGGAAGCACCCUUCGACCCCCCAAGCCAGUCUUCCCGGCAGACACCGGAGCAGUCACCGCAGCCGGCGUCCCAGCAAACCCCCGAAAAGCCGAAGGCUUACAAGCCAACACAUGCUGCUCAUUCAAGCCGGCCCAGAUAUCAACCGGAGGAGAAGCCGCGCAAGGACAUGUCGGAUUUCGAACGCUUCAUUGCUGACGCCGAAGAUGCCGAUCGGGAUUACCACGCUCAGAUGUGGCGCAACCUUGCCCGGCGCUCCGGCCACUACGGCUAUGCCGACAACACGUUUGGCUCAUUCAGACCUGACCCGGUCUCCUUGAACCCAGGCGUCAUGAUGAACACCCAGCAAAGCAGCAAGAGAGAUAGUGCUUAUUACUCGACGAACAAGCGGGCAAGUGUUUUGUCCGCCCCCGGCGAGGAUGAGCUGAAGCGUCAGGCAAGCAUUUCCAAGCGCUUUUCCGACUACAUCAAGCCGCCCAAGCCGUCCGGAGAUGCGGCGAAGGACGACUGGAUGGUAACAGGCCGCGCCAACCGCAGGAGUAUCAUCGCGGGAGUGGCAGAGGAGUAA